AUGCCCAUGCUCGACGCCGACAUCGACAAGGCGAAGCAUGUUUUUGAUAUCAACAUCUGGGGCGUUGUCCGAACGAUCCAGGCAUUUGCCGACGUCUUCAUUGCGAACCGUAGCCGCAUCGUCAACCUGAACACGUGCGGCGCCGUAAUCCAUACCCUAUGGAUAGCUCCGAACCUCGCGUCUAAAGCUGCCGCGAAGAGCAUCUCCGAUGCCAUGCGCCUCGAGCUCGCGCUGCUCGGCGUCGCUGUUGUAUCGAUCACGACAGGUGUCGUGGAAACCUCGUUCCACUCCAACGAGCCCGAUUUCGAUCGAUCUGCCGCCGUCGUCGCACUAUGCCGAGAUCGAAGGGGAUCAUCGCAGGAUAGGCGAAAGGCGAGGCUAAACCUUUAG